GACUAAGGAUGCUAGGAUAAAUGCUAUGCGUUCAGCUAUAUCUGAGACAUUUCCUGAGCCCAAUCGGAGGUUGUUGCAGAGAAUUUUAAAAAUGAUGCACACUGUUGCAUCUCACACUUCUGAAAAUCGAAUGACUGCAUCGGCAGUUGCUGCCUGUAUGGCGCCUCUUCUGUUGCGUCCACUUCUGGCUGGUGAAUGUGAGAUGGAUGAAGUAUUUGAUAUGGAUGGUGACGAUUCUGCGCAGCUUCUUGCUGCAGCAAACGCCGCAAACAGUGCUCAAGGAAUUGUCGCAACUCUCUUGGAGGAAUAUGAGGGCAUUUUUCAUGAUGAACACCUCAUAUGUUCCUUGUCACCUGAAUCUCAAAUUGAAGAUAGUGGUACUGAAGCAUCAACUGAUGAUGGUAAUUUGGAAGCCAAGGGCAAUGGAUUUCAUGAUGCAGAAAAUGAUGUAGAUCAAGAAUUGGAUGAUGACAAUGGCGUGGAGCAUAUACUUAGUGGGAAAUUGAGUGAGAGCAGUGGAUAUGCUGGCAGUGACCUCUAUGACUACAAGUCUCGAGAACCAGAUUACUGCAUUGGAGAACAAGUGCUCAGGUGAUUACCAAUGGAUUGGUUUCUGUCACAAUGAUCUUCAGAAUGGCAAUAUCAUGAUUGAUGAAAAGACCAACGUGCUGACCAUCAUUAAAAUGGCCAUCGGUGUCCCUAAAAAGCGGAAUGACAAAUGGAUGGAUAAUCAGCUUUUGAAGCUACAUCUGGAGUAAAAAGCUUCGAAGGAUGCUCAUCUUCAGUUUAUGCGCUACUAUUUGUUGACUGACAUGGACUUGCAAAAGCGCACUUAAUACUUGUCAGUUUUGGAUCCAUUUGUUGCAUUGGUCGA